AUGGUCGAAACAAUCAAAAUCGAAACAACAACAAUACCAAUAACAACAACAAUCAUACUCAUUCUCCUCAUCCUACCUCUUCUUCCUCUUCCUCCGUCUAUUCUUCUGCCUUUUAUUCUCCUCCGUCACCUUCUUCUCCACCUCCUUCCCUUCGCCCCACUCGUUGUCCCCAGACUGGCAGGGUGAGCCCGCUCACUCUGGCAGCCUGGAAUGUUCGUUCCCUUUUAGACAAUCUGAGGAGCUACCGACCGGAGCGGAGGACGGCGCUAGUGGCACGGGAACUGGCGCGCUACAAGGUGGACAUCGCCGCACUCAGCGAGAUCCGAUUCUCCGAACAAGGCCAACUGGAGGAGGUGGGUGCCGGCUACACCUUCUGGAGCGGUCGACCCAGGGCAGAGCGACGGGACGCGGGUGUCGCCUUCGCCAUUCGGAACGACAUCGUGGGACGACUGUGUCGAAGGCGGACAAGUUGACUGACCUUGGUGACUUCAACGCCCGCGUCGGCACAGACCAUACUGCCUGGAGAGGAGUGCUGGGUCCCCACGGUCUCCGCGGCUCAAACGACAAUGGCCUGCUGCUUCUCCGCACCUGCGCAGAACACCGCCUCAUCCUGACGAACACGUUCUUCUGUCUGCCGGAGCGAGAGAAGGCCCCCUGGAGGCAUCCUCGGUCGCGUCAGUGGCACCUGCUGGACUAUGUCCUCGUCCGGACGCGAGAUCAGGGGGACUUACUGGCGACAAAGGCUAUCGCGGGCGCUGACGGGUGGACAGACCAUCGCCUCGUCAUCUCGAAGAUGCGUAUUCGCCUACAGCCUCGCAGGAGACCACAAGGUAAGCAACCCCCAGGUAAGCUGAAUGUUGCCUUGUUGUCUUUGCCCGCUCACCACCUUCAUUUCAGCAAUGAGCUAGCUCAAAGGCUAGACAACCUUCCUAUCGCUGCUGCCGCCGACGACGCCGCCGCUGCCGAGAACGCCUCCGUGGAGAACCGCUGGUGUCAACUGCGAGACACGGUCCAAUCGACGGCGCUCGCCGUCCUCGGUUGCGCUCCCCGCCAACACCAGGACUGGUUCGACGACGACGACGCCGCCAUCAGAAAUCUGCUUGCUGAGAAGAACCGCCCACACAAAGCCUACAUAGAUCACCCCACUGAUGCCACCAAAGCUGCCUUCUACCGCAGUCGCCGCCAACUGUAG